AUGUUCGCACUCUUACUGUUUUUCCUUCGCCUAAAUUCAGUUCGAAGCUCGUUCAUCGAUUAUUCUAGACACGUGGAGAAACUUCCAAAAAAAUCCUUCAAUGCUAUUGUGGAUAUCGCCGUUGGGUUACCAACUAAAUCUUUAACAAUUGUAAGGGGAAAAUCUUUCGAUAUCAGGGACGUCGAUGAAUAUCAGAUGAUUUAUUCAUUAUGCCAAAACCAAAUACCUGUUAUCAAUAUGGACUUUUUGACAAAUGACAGUAAACUCGAGUACUUCAAAUAUCAACGGAACGGCCUGGACACAUCAGAGGAGCGAACAAGUCUAAUCCUUUGCGAACCGCAAGAAUGCGAGAUCAUAAUUACUGAGUUAACAGAAAUAAAUUUAAUCCACCGCUCGAUGCUGUAUAUUUUUUACUGGCAACACGGAUCUGUGAGCAAGAAGUUUCGAGACGGUAUGAAGGAGGCGAUGAGGGUCGCAGUCAUUACUAAUCCUAGAUGGAACGUAUAUCGUAUAUAUUACAAUCAGGCGACACCGAACAAAUUGAACCAUCUGUCGCUAGUUAACUGGUGGUCUACGAAAUUGUAUAAGAAGCCAGUGCUGCCACCUGCUGAAAAAGUGUAUGGAAAUUUUCAUGGAAGAGUAUUUCAUGUCCCCGUUUUACACGCUCCGCCUUGGCAUUUCGUUAAAUAUCAAAACAAAUCGGUGAACGUGACGGGCGGCAGGGAUGACAAACUUUUGGCUUUGCUUGCUAAUAAGCUUAACUUCAAAUAUAAAUACUACGAUCCACCAGAACGUAGCCAAGGAUCAAUGAUUUCUGGAAAUGGUACAUUUAAGGGAGUUCUUGGAUUAAUAUGGAAACGGCAAGCGGACUUCUUUCUCGGUGACGUCACUAUAACGUGGGAAAGGCUUCAAGGAAUGGAAUUCAGUUUUCUCACGCUGGCGGAUUCUGCUGCAUUUUUGACUCACGCGCCUGCGAAGCUAAGCGAAACUCUCGUCAUCAUCAGACCUUUUCAUUGGCAGGUGUGGCCUUUUGCUGGCGCAACGCUACUAGUGGUAGGUCCAGCUUUGUGGUUUGUUAUAGCAGCACCAACCUUCUGGCAACAACGAAAACAGGAUUUAGUGAAAUUGCUUGAUGAAUGCUGCUGGUUUACUACGACAUUGUUCUUAAGACAACCACCAAACAAGGAACCUUCUCGAACUCACAAGGCACGUCUAGUCUCCAUUCUCAUAUCUCUUGGAGCGACUUACGUCAUUGGUGAUAUGUACUCCGCAAAUCUUACAAGUCUGAUGGCUAGACCGGCGAAGGAACAGCCAAUAGGAACCUUGGAAGUACUAGAAGAUGCUAUGAGGAAGAAAGAUUAUGAACUGGUUGUGGAGAAACACAGCUCAUCAUUGACUAUAUUGCAGAACGGAACUGGAGUAUACGGCUCUCUCGCUAGACUGAUGAAGCGACAGAAAAUCCAGCGGGUACGGAGCAUUGAAGUGGGGGUUCGAAUGGUGCUGUCACGACGUCGCGUAGCCGUGCUGGGCGGCAGAGAGACCCUGUACUAUGACACUGAGCGAUUUGGUUCCCACAAUUUCCACCUCAGUGAGAAGCUAUACACCCGAUAUUCAGCUAUAGCUCUUCAGAUCGGCUGCCCCUACUUAGAAACCUUCAAUAAUGUGGUUAUGACACUAUUUGAGGCGGGAAUUCUCAACAAAAUUACAACCGACGAGUACAGGAACCUUCCAGAAGCAUCUAGACGUUCUCAGAAGGUCACAGAGAGUGAGAAUAAAGAAAGUAGUGACGGUGGGGAAAACGGCGUUACGUCACAGAUGCAAACCGAAUCAACUAUAGGUUUGGAACCCGUUUCACUAACAAUGUUACGCGGUGCUUUUUGCCUGCUUGGAGUUGGAUAUUUAUUAGCAGCACUAGUAUUGGGUAUUGAAGUUAGUGUCCACCGUCGCCGUAUGAUCACACCUACAUCGAUAAUUGAGAAGGCGACUCCCACACCCAGAAUGAAAAGAAUAAAGCGCCAUCUUAGAAGACAUUUCCGCGGACUUAUUCGUGUCUUUCACAGGUUCAUUGAUAAUGCUCUGGGGCCAGUGUAUUGA